AUGAAGUUUCGAUUAUUUUUCAUUUGGAUAACCGUGAGCUGUUCUGUGUUUUUUGUAUCGCAAUUUUCAAGAGCUGAACCCGACUCUUCAAUUCUACGUUCCCCCGUCGUGCAGACCGAGUCCGGUGCAUUUGUUGGCAAGAUUGAAGCUGUUGAACACGGCGAAACAGUGUACGAGUAUCUUGGUAUUCCAUACGCUGAGCCUCCGGUCGGCGAACUGAGAUUUGUUGCUCCAAAACCUGCUAAACCUUGGAGUGGAAAUAAAGAAGCCACUGAGUUUGGACCCGAGUGCCCACAGACAGCAGUUCCUAUUCCUGGGCUUGUCCUCACCGAGAAAGGUAAUACAUUACUGCGUGUUAGGCUGUUAGUGGGUGUCGUGUUUGCAAAAGUUAAGAAAAAUUUGUUAGGGAGUAAGGGUUUUCUUUGGUCGGUAGCGCAAGAGUACUAAUAGUAUACCAAAAUUAAAUGGCGCACGGCACGGGGGGGGGGGGGACACUUGGGUAUUUUUGGGGUGGGUAUGUGCCGCCCGGAACUCCAAAUUGGCACCCCGUUCUAACAAAAUUGCAUUUAAAAUUGAUACCCUGUUCUAGAAUUCGCCCUAAAACUGAUACAAUUUUUUAUACUCCGUUCUAGAAAGUCUGUAAAUUGAAAUACAGUAAAAACCCGAAUGAAAGAAGAAGCGGAUUAAGAACACUCAGGCUGAAAUUUGGUAAAAAAUGUACCAUAUACAUUAAUUAAAAAAACACAUUCAGCCUGAAAAAUGAAAAUUGUGACUAUUUAAAAAAUUGGCUGCUAGUUAGAUUAGAAUUUAACCUACUAGGGUAAAGUCAAUAGUUACAUGGAAAGAGGGAGGGGGAGCUAAUGCAUUUUGAAUUUUGAGUUGUUUGUCACCAGAACUGCUGCCCCUCCCCCAAUGAAAUAUUACUGCCUUGAUUAAUACAGUUAAUUAGUUCCAUCCAUUAAUUAAUUAAAAUGUUGUGCUUGCACAUUGAUUUUAUCUGUUGGUAGUCUAUGCAGUAUUUAAUUUUUAGAAACAAUUUUAAGAACACCUUAAGAACCUUUUUUUAGGCUGAUUUUCCAGUAAACACCCGAUUUGUAAGAACCAAAUUAGCCUGAACCCCCAAACACGUGUUCUUUUAUGCGGGUUUUUCCUGUAGCCCUUUUUUUUAAAAAGAUAAAAAAGAUAUUUCUUUAUUUGUUCGACUUAAACAUGCUUAUGCUUAUGCUUCUUCAUAAUCAGCAACAAUUAAAUAAAUAAUUUCAAAUGGCUGCUUACAGAACUGGAGCAUUCGUGCGUUCGAAAUAUUAUACCCCGUUCUAGAAAACACCUCUGAAAUGGAUACCCCGUUCUAAAUCAGGAGCUUCAAAAUCACGACCCCGUUGGGCGGCACAUACCCGUAUUGGUAAUGUAUGGGAUAGACGGAUGACGCACCACUCCCCCAAUUGUCUUUUCUUUGUACGAAAAUGUUAAUAGCCUGCAAUUCAGGCGCAUUUUGAGGCUAGAGCGAGCGAAUAUUAAUUGCUAAUGCCGUGACCGCGCGUAGGAUACCCAAAGCACGGGUGUUUCUAAAACGAAGACCAAAAAGCGAAGACCUAAGACCUAAGACCCCAUGGACUAAAACGAAGACCCCAUGGACUGGACUGAUGCUAACCGCUGAGGGCGAUGCCCGCUCCCGUAAUUUGUUACGGCGAUUUGAGAAUGUUGUGAAAUUUAGUUGUGAUAAUCAAGUCUAUCACUUACCUUUCAUUCAGGUUUCUUUGAAAAUAUUUUGCAUGUUUUAAACCACUUCGGAAGUGUUUACGGUGAUGAUGACAUCGGUUUUAUUAAAAUUCAAGCUUUUUGCAGGCUAAAGGGUGAGAGAACCGUUGUGGUCUUGUCGUAUAACCGUAAUGUUGGGAUAAAGGUCCCAGGUUCGAGUCUCGUCGGACUUGCGUUUUUUUUUCCCUUGUCAUUUUCCUUCUUUUUCUUUUUAAUAUUAUUUUUUUUAUCACAGUUACCAUAAAAACAACUGUUUAAGUCGUGAAUAUGAGUCAUUUUUUAACAACAGAGGACAGAAUAUCGUAACAGCGUAUGGCAGGGAUAUAAAUAAAUAAAAAGUGUAUAGUAGCCACCUACCCCGGUCACCAGAACUUUACCUUUCACAGGAAAUUGUCGAAAUUCGUUUCUGUGUUGUUUGAGUCUUCUCGAGGAUGGAAUCUCAAAAUAUGAACAUCUAGAACGCUGUUUGAAAGAAGGGGGAUGUCGGGGUCGAGUAGGCAGGAUAAAUACGUCUUACGGAGAUCCGCCAAGAAAUCUGCGUUCGAUGAAGGGUACAGUGGAUCAAUCUAUGUGGAUGAAGGUCAAGGUUGAUUGAGCUUAAACCGCAUGGCAAUCAAAGAGGAAGAACGUGCGCAGUUUUCAAGAGUGUCAUUCUUCUGGAUUUGCUGGCCAUACUGGACGUGUCAACACUAUUAAAAAAAUCAAAGAGAGACAGAGAAUAAAACAAACCUUUAAGAGGUGAGAAAAAUGUAACAUUGUUUACUGAAGGAUAAUCUACCUCAGUUGUUAAAAUGUUGUAAUGAAAUUUACAGUGCUCUUAUAAUUGCCGUCUCAGAAAACGCUAUUGGUGUAAGAGUACCGUGAUCUUCUACUCUACUAUAGGAAACACGCGCUGGAAACAGUUUGUCGCUAGUUUGUUUAUGAACUCGUGAACUAUACUCAGUAGUAUUAACAACAGCAAGCUAAAAAUUCUAGUAAAGUUUGGUCCCCUGACGUUUUUGUAUUGUCCUUUGUCCGCGAUUUUAUUAUUCUUUUGAUGCAGGAAGGCUCAAAAAGUAAUGUCUUUCCUUUUAUUUAGCAUUCCCAGGAAGCUCAUGGUUGAAAACGAGAACAGCUGGGAUGAUUUCAUCGAUGGCGCCUUGCCGGUUUGCCAUUAACACCAACGUCUCUAGCACCACCAAGUUUAGCCCCUUCUUAAUGUUUGGUCGUCAACCACGAUACCAUUCGAAGUGAAAAAAAUUGUGCAGCAGGCCGAAAAUAGAGGGGGGCGGAGGGAAAAGAAUGCCAGGCAGCUGAACUAACAUCGGAGGAUGCUUUGCAAGAUUACAUAGACAAGAUGCCUACGACAAGAAAUGUUCUGUUUUCGAGGGUACAACGCAACAUAACCAUAGCCCAAGGGAAACAAAAAAGGCAGUACCAAAAGAGGAAAGGAGGAAUGAAUAAGAGCUUUAAGAAGGGAGAUGUUGUGCGGCGACACAACUUUCAUGCUUUAGAAAAGUAAGCAAGGUCACAAAAUGCAAGAUAAGGGGCUGGAGCCUUACAAAACAGAGGAAAAUGAAAUGGAAAAAGGAACAUUUCAGCUACUUGGGCGAGUUGGGAAGACUUUGGAGCGGAAAACUAAUCUGACGGAUGUUAAGAUUUACAAGGCAAGGUAUGUGAGUUCAAGAGACGAUCGCGGCCAAGCUGGUUUGUCUCCAGCCCAGAAUGAAGAGGUGAAAGUUCCACUGUCUGCUGCAGUACCGACUGCAGCACCCCAACAGGGUAAAACAACCAGGCAUCCAGCCAACCCCACGCACGAACAGACCAGAGACUGUGUGCCUUCCCCGUCUUCUACUAGUGUACAAGCCAUAUGCCUAUAAGCAACCAGGUCUUGAGUGUCUGAUUAGCACCCUAGCAGGGUAAUGCAACCAGGUUUUCAGUGUGUACGGGACCCAAAAAGAGGGGGGAAGCAAUCAGGCCUCAACUCAGCCGCAUGCCCAGAAAAGUUAAAGCAACCAGGCCUUCAGUGUCAGCAGGAUCCAAACAAAGGGAAGCAGCCAGGUGUCAACCCAACAGCAUGCCCAAACCAUAAACGUCAUGUUUACAAAGUCUUCCACAGCUGUACAAGGAGAUGCAGCCCAACCUCCACCAGCCUUCUCAUUUCAUCGAAAGAGAACCACACAUCCACUAUCUUCCGCACCCCAUAAGAAAGAGGCACCUAGCCUGUUGCCGAACUCCACAUCUCAACAGAGCAGAAAAGACCAAUCAAAGAGGCCUGUGCCCUUUUUAGAACCACAAUCUGAAGCUAGUGAACAUUCACAGACCUUACACCUAUGUAACAAACUGCCAGCAAGCGCUGAAGAGGAAAUCCCCUCCUGUUUCCAAACUUUUACUUUGGUUCAGCUGACUGUCAUAGUAAAUGGCUCCCAGGAAAACUGGCGAUACAAGGUACAAAGUGGCCAAAGCUCCACAGAAGAAACUAUUCAGGAGAAAGGCCUAAAGUUCAAUGUCCCCUUUGGGCACUUUCUAGAAGGCAAACUGAUUUCCUUUUAGAGCUUAUUGCAAAACAGUAUCUACAGUGUUCACCAAAUUGAAUCGUGAAAUUAUUACCACCAGAAGCCCCCAUCAACCUGUUUCAUCAUAGUUUAAACAUGACAUAUAAGCAGGCACAGGAAUACUUACAAGGUGGGAAUAAUAAAGGGGUAAACUAUUUAAUGGCAAAGCUUCGCAAUAAUCAAUAAAAAAGGAAACAUCCAAAAAGUAGGGAACUUUGAAAAGGUCAGUUCCCACUGAUGAGAAUGCUGAGGUUCAAUAUAUAAAAACAAUCUAAAUAAUCUGUUCUUAAAAUGCAAAAGCCUAAAUUCAAUUAAAUACAGCUCUAUAAGUCAAUAUACAUACGUGUAUGUAUCGACAUUUACUAACAUAGCUUGUCGCUCCCUGUGCUUUCACAGAGAAUACUUCAAUAAAAAGAAUUUGUCAUGAAAUAUGUGUUAUCUGAAUCUGAACAAACUAAACGCAAAUCGACAUAUAUAUACUGAUACAUAAUCUGAGAGUCACAAUAACAUUCCAUCUUAGUGAAGAUAUAAGGAUUUGCACAGGGGAGAAAUACAAUAUUUCUUGGCAAUAUAAAAAUCGUGUCCGACUGUAUUAGUUAUGAUCAUCUUGUAAUAUUAGUUUCACUUAUUUGGCUAAGUUAAGCGUCCUACUUAUCAAGCAGCGUGUUUUUAGUCACAUGUAUCUCUUGUCUAGUAUUAUUAAAACAGUGACAUAUUGUUGGCGAUUCCUUUAAUGCUGACUCUGCUGUUAACUUUUGUUUAAGACCUUUUUCUCAAUAAGGAAAAACCUAGUUCGUAACUACUUUAAACACACUACUAAGUUUGUCUAGGGGAAUAUUCUUCGAUUGAUACAAAACGCUGUUGCUAUAUGCCUGACAGCCGGGAAGGGUCUUAAACUGAAAUGCCCGGCAAAAUCCCUUUUUCUAAUUAUUUGAAAGUAUUCUGUCUUCAUUUAGAAUAACCAAGCGAUCAGGAAAAGAAAACUGGCUUCGCAUCUGAGCGGUUGUGGUUUCUUAGCGAUAGAGUAGAGUCGACGCUGUUUCGACACUUGGGAAAAAAAUUGAGUGGGUAGCAGCGCGUGACUCACGGGAACGAUUUCACACGGGCUAAAUACCUGGCAGUCUGAAAGCAGAGCGGGAAAGUUAAAAAGCCUUCGCUUCAGCUCCAGAAUACUACAUGCAUACUAUCCUUGAUUAGUUUCCGAAAAAAAUGGGAGAGAGAGUGCUUUGAUUUUGAAACUUUAUUUCCUAGCCUCGAGCCGCCUUGAGCUAGACUGUCGACAUAGCUUGGGAAAGCAUUCCUCUGAUUUUGCAAAAAAUUUUGUCAUGCUUUAGAAUUGGUGAGUGACGAGAAACAACAGAGUUUCUUAACCAGAGGUUAGAUAUUACUCAGUUUUGAGAACAUAGCCUAUGUUGUCGUUGACUCACGGGCGGCUUUCUUCUUAUAGUUUAAAUACCCGGCAGUCCGAUUUGUCUGGGGAAUUUCAACAUAAAGUGUCUCUUUAGCCCCCAUUAAAAGUAUGUCAUCGACCUUCAGAGUAACCAAGCUGGUACAAAGAGUUCAAUAAACGUUUAAACAUAUAAUGAAGCAGACUGCUGGGUAUUAGCUUCGAUGAAAACGUGCCCGUGAGUUGCUUCUCACGAAUUUUUUUUUUUUUUAGUGUCGAAACGGCGUCGACUCUACUCUAUGCCCACAACCGCUCCUCUGCGAAGUCAUUCUUGUUUUCCUGAUCGCUUGGUAAUUCUAAAUGAAAGUAGAAUACUUUAAAACGAUUAGAAGGGAUUUCGCGGAAAUUCUAGAAAAUGUUUCUGACUGCCGGGCAUUUACUUUUUCUUUAAGACCCUUCUCGGUUGUCGGGCAUAUAGCCACAGCGUUUAAUUUAUUGAAACCUCUGUUUUGAUGUCUAGAUGAAAAGAAUGAAGAUUGUCUUUUCCUGAACGUUUUUGUGCCAUCUUCCACUAAACCAAAUGACACGAAGGCAGUCAUGGUCUGGAUUCACGGUGGCGGAUUCCAGUAUGGUUCUUCUAACAUCUAUCGCGGUGGGGUUCUAGCAGCUUUUAAUGACGUCAUCAUUGUGACCUUGAACUACCGCCUAGGUGUGCUUGGCUUUAUAAAUGCCCCUGGCACUGAUGUCAAAGGAAACUAUGGGAUGUUAGAUCAGGUUUGACACUCUUUUUUAUACACCUUUCAAUUCCGCUAUCACAAUCAUCGCCGCCGCCAAAACAGCCACUUUGACUACCAGUUACUUAAUUUAGAGUCCUUUUACACUGGCGUAGCUAGCCGUCGUCAGGUCGUGUUUUUCGCCCGCGUGACUAAUAAAAGGCCACUUAAUGAAGCUAAUUUUCUCUUUUUUCUUUUGUCUCAAAUAAAGGUACUGGCAUUAAAGUGGGUUCAAAAUAACAUUGCUAACUUUGGUGGCGAUCCCAACAAAGUGACCAUUUUUGGCGAGAGCGCAGGGGGUGUUAGCGUCUCGCUUCAUCUUAUCUCGCCGCUAUCCAAGGGUCUGUUUCAAAGAGCCAUCAUGCAUAGUGGAGUAUCUUCUAUGCCUUCUUUCAGUGGAAAGGUUAUCAAACCUAUACAACUUGAAUGGUAUGCCAAACGUAUCAACUGCAGUUUGGGCUCCGAUAUUGUUGAGUGUGUGCGAAGCAAGUCUGUCGAAGACAUUGUGUCAGUACAGAGUUUGUUCUUGCUUGAGCGGUACAUCGGUCCUCAGGAUAUCAUUGGUCCUAUAGUUGAUGGCGAAUUUCUGCCCGAUCUUCCUGUUAACUUGUUUGAAACAGGGAAAUUCCACGACGUUGAUGUCAUAAGUGGUGUUGCUUCCAACGAGGGCGCCCUGUUUGCGAUGAUGAUGCCACCUGACCUUGUCAAAGAUGGAGUGGAGCGAACUGUCUUUGAGUCUUUCGUCAGGUAUGAACUGUUCUAUAGCGAUUUUCAAGGAAAGAGUCCACUCAUAGAGGACCUAAUUAUUUUCCAGUACACUGAUCAUGCAGACCCUCUCAACAAGAUUGCCAUUCGUCAGUCGCUCAUGGAUUGCGCUUCUGAUGCGAUGUUUGUCGCACCUGCCAUAAAGGAGGCUAAAAAACUCGCGAAGGUAAAGUACUUCAAUUAUUAUAAUAAUAAAAAUAGGCUGCGAGACAGUCAGUUCCUUUCUCUUCAUUUUUCCUUUCAAAUGAAUCGCUGCUUGUAAGACGCAAGAGUAUUAUCUGUUUAAAAGGGGGUGGGGGGAGGAGACAAGAAAAAAGCGUGAGGAAGAGUCAGAGAAGGGAGAGAUAGAGACGCCCUCCUCUCGUUCCCUCCCCUCUUAAAUUUCCUCUCUUCUAACCCCUAAGGAAAUUCUGUCACUCAGCCUUCAGACCAUGAAAUCCCUAGGCGUAGUGUGUUUGAAGGGCUCGGAAUUCUCUCUUAGCAUUUUACUCGAUUCAAUUUACCUACGCUCCAAACUUUUCGUUUCACAAGCUUUCACAUAAUUGAUGGCCAAUGAUGAAAACGCAGAUCAUGCAUGCAGUCUCGGCCAUGAUGAAAAGUUGACUUCCCUGCUUAAUAACACUUAAGUCACAUUCGAUAUCUAUCUCAGUCAUAUUUCCUACUGCUAAUCGUUUGAACAAAGCAGGAAAUAAUUCUCAGGGUUUCAUGAUAUGUAUCAAGUACUAAACUGUAAAUUAAUUUCGAUUCCUAAUUUUUCACAGGCUGGACGUUUACCACGUGUUUAUGUGUUCGAUCAUCGACCAACGUUUGCAGGAACUCCCGAAUGGAUGGGAGUUAUCCAUGGGAUAGACAUCCCAUUUACAUUUGGUUUCGCCUUUAUGGAGAAAACUCGUCUAUCUCCAAUACGUGAAACGUUUUUGGAAAACUUCACCGCAAUAGAAAAAGUUUUCAGUUUGCAAGUGAUGAAAAUGUUCACGGACUUCGCCAAAUAUGGGUAAGAAUAAGUCAAAGAGUAGCAAUUCUUAAUUUUUGGUCUUGCUUGCAUUUGAUUUAGCGACCCCCCUAGGAAUGAAAUAAUACAUACACUGCCCGACCUCUUCCCCAACUCCCAACAGGUCUGAUCAGUCAAUUAAGAAUAAAGAUGGUGACAGGGUAUUAUCCAAGUGUUUUAGGGCCUGUUUACAGGGAGGUGGGGGACCCAAGGUAGGUGAGGUAGCCCGCUUAGGUAACCCGUCGGUACAUAAAUGUCUCAUUUUCAUUUGAUCACGUUUACAUGAUAGUUGGGGUGACCCGCCACAUGUUACCCCACCUACAUGUACCUGGGUCCCCCGCCUCCAUGUAAACGGGCCCUGACUCGAACUGUCGUUGUCUUUUAGAACUCCAAAUCCUCCAGAAUCUGGUCCAACAGCUGUUGCGUGGCCCCAUUUCACCAUGGAAGAACAGGAAUAUCUGGUCCUCGACGUGAAACCGAGGGUGAAGCGUAGGUACAAGGCAGAAAAUAUGGCAUUCUGGAAUGAAAUGAUUCCAAAAGUUUCCAAGUUUUUGAGCCAAAAAGGCGAGGAGAUUUACCAAAAGGCAGCAAAGGAUGAGCUGUAGCUGAUCAAAACUGAGUUGGAAUCUUGCUGUUAUCCGCAGGCAAACUUCGUACGCUUUUUACUUUCCUGUGCCGAACUCAUCAUACUGGGUAACUGAUGACAUCAACGCAUGAGGAAGUUAACAGUAGCCAUUAUAAUUACAUACUGUCAUUACACUCUUGCCUAAAUGGGCUACAAAAUGAAUAUUCUAUUACUAAAAUGGACAGAGAUUCUGAGAGAAACUUCUGGGGUUUGUUCUCCUCAAGCCCCCCCCCCUCCAUCCACAUCUUUGUCAAAACGGUAAUAAAGUUACGAAUCAUUUAAUGCCUUUCAUAAUUCAGGAUUUUCGUAUCUAUUUCGGAAACAGGAUACAUUUCCUAGUCUCGAUCUUACAAACAUGUCUUGCACAAUACAAUUCCAGUUACUGGAUUUUUGCCUUCAGAGAGAGCGCGUCCGCUUUACUCCACUUUCACCAAUUUAGUGCCCCGUUCUCCACCCUGGAUAAGAAUACUAUAUUUACAACUUUAACAAUUCUACUACUAUCACUACCACUACCACGACCACUACCACUACCACUACCACUAUCAGUACCAGUGCCAGUGCCACUGCAUCUGCUGCUGCUACUUGCAGUAGUGAUGAUGAUAAUGAUAAUAAUUAUAAUGUGAUUCAGAAGACCCAUACAAGUUUGGUGGGCGAGGCGUGGUGCACGUUGUGUGGUAAGGCCCCAGAAAAGUGUGGCUCACAUCCUGUCUGGGUGCGGUGCGCUGGCACAGAGCAAGUCCCAUGUUCUGGGAAUCAUAGAGGCCUGUGGCCUGUGUUACAUGACGUACAAGCUUAUUAGGACGUGCCAGUUUUUGCAGAUCAUGAAGAGGUGAGAUGCUUAAGACUUGACGCGCGAAUCGUCAACCACUAGACCAAGCAGGUCAAUACACUCGAAAUGAACUGUCCGUAAGGCCGUUAAGUAUCCCCCCCCUUCCCCACCCCUGUGUUGGGAAUUAACACAGCAGUUCCCUGGUAUCGAAGUGAAACAACAUAACAUCAUUGAAAAUAAUGCAGAAGGCGGUACUGUCGGUCACGCUUAAUAUUGCCAGGACAUUUAAAGUUUUUACUUGAGAGACGGUAGACUGUAUUCUCCAACGAUGGAAUAAUUGAUUUGUAAAGAACGCCCAUAAAAUAUCGAGAAGUUUUCCCGACUUUAUUUGUGAACGAAACCGUUUUCAGCUUGUCUUUAAUUUUGAGCAAACAGGUACAGUUACCUUAUUUGGAGAGCAUGGUAUAAUGGCUCAUAUACCAAGAUGGCUAAGCCAACAGAGCUCUAGAAUUGCAUUAUCCAAUAAUUCAAUCUUUAAUAAUAGUAAUGAAACAAGACAGAAAUGCAUAUCUUUGAAACUUUUCAUAUACUAAGAUGGCCAAGCCAACAGAGCUCUAGAAUUGCAUUAUCCAAUGAUUCAAUCUUUAAUAAUAGUAAUGAAACAAGACAGAAAUGCAUAUCUUUGAAACUUUUCAACGUCUUAACAACACAAAAAUCUGGUUAUGGCAAAUUCAUUGCGCAGGUUGGUAGUCCAUUAUCCUUGGACUUAUUUGUCCAGUCCAAUCUAAAAUUGCCGAUGACAUAGUCACAAACGCAACAUUUGUGACAGUAUGUCUUUCUGCACUCUAUCAAUAUUGCCUUCGGCAGUCAGAUAUCUUAAUAUAUCAAGGCCAAACUAUAGUAUUCAUUUCGUGACCAAAAAUCUCUCCUGGUUAUCUCUGCAGUUGGCGAGUUAGGACUCUAGCUUUUUGGAAAACAACUGCCUGAACUGUGAGCCAUUUUUUCUCCUGAUCGAAAUGGGCUUUCUUUUAUCUAAUCUGCUAAUCUGUACUUUCGUGACCGUCGUUCCUGCAUUGAAAACAACCCAAGCCGAAGGCGGCCAGAAGCUGCGUUCCCCAGUAGUGCAGACUGACUCUGGUGCUGUUGUUGGCAAUGCUGAGACUCUGCCACUCGGACAAUCGGUGUAUGAGUAUCUUGGCAUCCCGUAUGCUGAAGCUCCGGUUGGAGAUGCGAGGUUUGCGGCUCCACAACCCGUUAAACCUUGGUCGGGUAUAAAAGAAACCAUGGAGUUUGGAGCCUCGUGUCUGAUGCCUUUUGUCCCUGGAAUGACUAACUCAAGUAUGUUGUUUUUCUGUAUUUAAAUGGGGAAAGGCAGUUAUAUAUAUAUAUAUCAUUUUAAAACCUGGUAUGUGAUACAAAUUUAGUGUCCCCCAGGGUGACCUAGUAAUCGGGUGUUUACAUGAGAAAACUCUCACCGGCGCUAGUUUCAUACCGGAAUGACUUUUUGAUUUCGUAUCGCUUCUACAUGAUGACUGGGUCAUUUCAUAUCUCGUUAUUUGAAGGUACACUUCAUGUUGAUAAAAUACACGUGUGAUUCAAAAUCGCAAACAUUACGCAUGCCAUGCGCUACCCGUUCCAGACUACCAGCAGACCGAUUUCACACCGAAACGAGUGGUCGGACGCCGCCCGGUUAGCUCAGUUAGAAGAACGCCGGUCUGCUGAGUGGGAGGUCGUUAGUUCAAACCCGGACCGGACCAUCAACCAAGGUCUUUAAAAUACUGGUGAGAUCAUGUUAGCUGUGAAACUCCUUUCUCAGUACAGAUGAUUGCGUCAUUGGGCGAUCAAGUUAAGCCGUUGGUCUUGUCUUCUUCAUCCUUGUACGUCAGUUGGAUGGGGACGUAAAACAACCCGUGACAUUGUUCGAAAAGAAAAGGGGACGUAAGCCCCGAUGUCAUGGUCUAUCUGACUUGUGCCGUCAUUAGUCUGGGUGAGCGAGGUGUGAUCAAAACAUGGACUGAAAUGGCUGCAAGAGUGCGCCUUUACAUGCUGACGUCAGAUUUCACCUCUCUGGUUCCUCCGCAAUUCAGCCAUUGACUGCAAGUGAGGAAAGUUCGCAUCGCGUAUCUUGUCGUUUCUCGUUCACAGGAUACCGUUGCGAGAUUUCGUACUGGAGUGAAAUUCUCGCCCCGGAACAACAACCGGGGUGAACUCACGCUGGCGUGACUCGCGCCGGCAUGACAUUUUGUGGUGGUAUCACGUAAACAAAUAUAUAGAGCCAUGAGAGGGAACCGGAGUGUAAUCGCGCCGGCUCGAAAGUCGCCAUGGUGUCAUGUAAACACCCCCUAAGGGACUCGGAGGUUUGGUCAUUCGGGUCGAGGUGCAAGGCCUUCAAACCCUGACCCGGUAUAAGACAAAAAUCGUUCAUUUCGCUACCCUGUUAAACCUCAGGACUUCUAAACAAAUUUCCAGACUACCUUCUAGAAACAUUUCCGGACAAACAUACAGACAAACGUCCGAAAAAAUAUUGAGACACACUUCUAAACAAAUUUCAAGAGAAACUUUCUGACAAACUUCCGGACAGAGAUCCAGACAAAGUUCCAGACAAACUUCCAGAGAAGCUUCCCUUCCAGACAAGCUUCCUGUCAAUGUUUCUGCUUAAAGCCUAGACAAACUUCCAGACAAAUUUCCAGACCAGUUCCAGACAAAGCACAAGACAAACACCCAGGCAAACGUUCGGACAAUGAACUUCCAGGCACACAUUUAAACUAACUUCCAGACAAUCGUCCGGACAAGCCUCCGAGCAAACUUCCUUGCAAAGUUUCGGACAAACCUCCAGACAAAUAUAGUAGAUUAAUUUCCAGACAAACUUUCUGACAAACUUUCGAACAAACCUCCAGCCAAACCUUCAGACAAAUGUUCAUACAAGCUCCCAGACCAACUUGCAGACACACGUUCAGUCCAGAGAAACUGGCUUCUAUUCAAAGGCCAGGGCACUAAUCAUACAACUGUAAAAUGACCUAUUGCAUGACAAAACCCUGAAAAGCUUACCCUGUAAGCGGCACCUUACUCUCUUAGGUCAAAUAAGGAGUUACCCUCGCCCCCUCAGUCAUUACCCUGAGUCGCUGCGUUUUGGACACAUUAUAUCCUCCACUGUUAGAUGACUUUAUGUAGCAGCUUAUCCUAAGAACAUUUUGUUGUUUCGUCCUAUAUAUCCAAAGAGGGUAAGUCCAAACUGUACGGCCCAAUUUUUGUUUUCGUAUCUAAGGACUAUUUUUAUCAAAUAUAUCCUUACAAAAUUCCAAAUAACAUGUGCUGUCUACUUCACAGUGGGAUCUGAAGAUUGCCUUUUCCUAAACGUGUUUGUCCCAUCGACCAUCAAACCCGAAGAAAAAAUGGCAGUCAUGGUGUGGAUACAUGGCGGUGCUUUCUCUAUGGGUUCUUCCUCUGGUUAUUAUGGUGGGGUUUUGGCGGCCUUUAAUGAUGUCAUUGUUGUGUCAAUCAACUACCGUCUUGGAGUCAACGGCUUUUUUAAUGUCCCUGACACUGAUGUCAAAGGAAAUUAUGGGAUGCUAGAUCAGGUGGGGAAGUAGUUUUCACCAAGUGAACUACCACAAAUGCUCCAAUUAGCGUCUCCCCUCGAAUGAAGACCCCUUUGUGUUACAAAUCGUCUUGUCCUCCUUAAAGAAUAUGCAGAAUACAAUACGUUCACCCAGCGUUAGUGCAUAUAGCAUGCUCUGUACAGUCUACAAGAGAAUGACCCAUUCGAGGGUAUCGAAGGAUAAGAGGACGCGGCUCCUGUGACUGAAUAGCGAUAGUAGCACUGCCUUGAAAAAAGCGCCCGGCAUCAAAUUAGAGGCCCUUUAAUUUUAACUCAAAAAUCAAAAAUUAAAAUAAAGCUUUCUCUUAUAAGUUGGCAUUCACAGCCUCAAAUUUAAGUACACGUUCAACAUCCCCCGCUCUUGUUUCGACCAUAGUGAUGUACAUAGUUAUGUAAUGGAUAUGUGAAAUGAUGAUGAUGAUGAUGAUGCUAAACAGAGUGUGUUUAUUUGAAUGUUUUUUUUUUUGUCUAUGGCAGGUACUUGCCUUAAGGUGGAUUCAAUCCAAUAUUGCAAGUUUUGGUGGCGAUCCAACAAGAGUGACCAUAUUUGGUCAAAGCGCGGGCGGAAUGAGUGUUUCGCUGCAUUUAGUAUCGCCACUUUCAAAAGGGUUAUUUCACAGAGCGAUUGUGCAGAGUGGUCCUUCCUCAACACCUUUGUUUUGUGGAAAAGUCACUAAACCGUUGCAGUUGGAAGCGUUUGCAAAAGCUAUUAAUUGUAGCCUGGGGAACAACGUUGUUGAAUGCGCUCGAGGCAAGACUGUUGAAGAGAUUCUCAAGGGACAAAUGGCGAUUACAAUGGGGAGCUACAAGGGACCUUUAGAUAUUGUCGGCCCGAUAGUUGAUGGGGAAUUUCUACCUGACUUACCAGAAAAUCUUUUUGGAGCAGGCAAUUUUAAUGACGUCGAUGUCAUAAUGGGCUUCACGUCAAAUGAAGGAGCGUUGUUACCAUUGAUAAGACCACCGGAACUUUUCAAAGAUGGAGUGGAGAAGGAAUUCUUUGAAACCGUAGUGAGAGAGGAGCUGCUUUAUUCCCGUGAACUGAAAAACAGCCUCGUGGAAGACUUGAUUUUGUUUGAGUACACUAACCACGAUGACCCUGGCAACAAGCAUGCUUUGCGACAGUUGUUAAUGGACAGUUUCACGGAUUCAGGUUUUGUUUCUCCCGCUGUGUGGGAAGCUAGAGCUUUAGCCAAGGCGAGUAAAGUAAACGUCAAUUUAUGAUUAAAAUUCGUGAAAAUGUCAGACGUGUUCAAAGAAUGGUUAUUGAUGCUCAAGUGAAACUUAUGGAACGAUUGUCUAGCCCCGUUAGACAAUCGUUUCACCUAAUCCUAGAAACUUUCCCCAAAACAUUUAUACAUCGAUGUGGGAAGAGAGCCAAGUUGUCCCAAUAAAUAUUGCAGGUAAAAACCCCUAAGUUCUGGUUUUGGGAAGAACGUGAACACGAGACAACAAUUUCACCUUUCUGUUUUUUUGGACUUAGAUACAGACUUUUCGAACCAACUCUAGAAAUAUUUUCAAAUAUUUGGCAAAUUGAACGAGAUGUAAUAUCGUGGUUGCCUUAUCUCACUAAUGUCCCUCCUUGAGGUAACGUUUUUCAUCAAAUUGACAGGGAGGACGACCACCUUACGUCUACAAGUUCAAUCAUCGUGCAGAGUGUUCGCCUUUGCCUGAAUGGAUGGGUGUGGCCCAUGGCAUGGACAUUGCGUUUGUGCUUGGUGCUCCUUUUAAAGGUUUAUCGGAACCUUAUGUAAACGUCCUAUCGACAAAGUAA